AUCCCACCUGACCACCUCAGAUGACGUAAGUGGCAUUACAGACGAGGGCUGAAGGUGACGUUCGAAAAGUAGCAGUAAUGGUACAGUUGUUGGAUUAAAGACAACAAAUAUGUCGGAUUUAUUGUGCAAGUGGCUCAACGAGGAGAUUCGGCUGUCGAAAGUUGUCGAACCAAAUACUUUCGCUAAGGACUUCUCCAGCGGUUAUCUCAUCGGUGAGGUUCUACAAAAAUAUGGGAUGCUUAAUGACGUCAGCGUGUUCACAAAGACAGACACCGCCAUGUCCAAACUCAACAAUUUCACUCACCUGGAGCCAACGAUCCAUCAGCUGGGCAUCGCCUUCGACCUAACCAUAGCUCAAGGGCUGAUGCAGGAGAAGGUGGGCGUGGCCACUCACCUCCUCUAUCAGCUGUACGUCUCACUGGAAAAGAGGAGGAAGUCCGACAUGAGCAAAGCAACCAUGGAAAUUAUGCAACCUGUGGCCAUCAAUACUGGCCUGCAGAAGAAAGAUCAGCAAGUUAUCUCAAAUCGACUCUCCCACAUUGUGGUAAAACGCGAUGCAGAGGGGAAGUUGCAGAAAAUUACUCAACACUACACUGAGAAGAAACGCUCUCCAAUGGACAAGUCAACCCAGAAGAAAAGCCAACACCAAGUCGAGGAUGAGAAGAGAGGCAGGAAGUUCUUUCGUCCAAAGUGCAGUGACAUUAUCAUGACUCCAAACCAGGCCACUGAGGUCCAAGUGCCCAAACCGCCUCCCUACUCUUCACUGGUCAACCUAAGGAGACAGAAGCAAGAUCAACGCAAAGAGCAACAAGCACAGGUAGUCCAGACUGAAAUUGCCCAGUUUGAGACCAACAGGAAGAGGUUAGCCACUUCAGGCUUUGCUUCCUCUUCAGGUGGUCUAGACGCUCCAGUGGGGGGCAGCACUCAAGGCCGUGGUGCAGGUGCAAAUGAGCUGAUACUCCAGUCCAGCAGCAAGUACAUUCAGGACAUCCGCCAGAGGUUGCAGGAGAAUGAAGCAGCUUCUGAGCAGAGAGAGAAAAGACGAAACAGAUGCUUGAUAGAGCAGCUCAAGGCCCACGAAGCUCAAGAGGAAAGAUGGCGGGAAGAGCAGCUGGUGAGGUAUCUGACCGGGCAGACUCUGCAAGAGAAACGUUUGGCUGUGCAGCUCCUCCAGAUGCGCAAGCAGAAAGAUGCAUUCCGGCAGAACCGCCUGCUCAUUGAGCAGCAGUUCCAGCAGCAGAGGGAGAAGGAAUUCCGGGAAGCUCUGGAAAGGGAGGCGGCCCUGACCAAACAAGCUCAGCUGGACCGUGCAGAGGAGAUUCAACUAGAGCUUGAAUUCUGCAGGAAGAUGGUUGAGGAUGGUGCUCAGAAAAGAUCCAAGAAACACCUUGAGAACUGCAAGGAUAUUUUGGAGCAGAUUGUGGACUUAGCUACCAAAGUUGGAGAAUAUCGCCUGCUCACCGCAAAUCGAAUCCCAGCGAAGUUGAUGCUUGAAUGGAAGGAAUUGCUGUUAAACGGUCUGCCUCUAUACGACCAGCCUGCACGGCCCACAUCACCAGACCCCGUAGAGCUUCAAAAACAGGAGCUCCUCAACGACCAGGACUAUGAUGAAUACACUAACAUGGUAGGAGAGUGGAUGUGGCCAGAGGAAGCCGGGGAGGCCAGUUCACUGCCAAGCCACAACAUGAUUCUCAGACAUGUCAUCUUGAGGCUGAUGAGCAUGGCCCCACCAUCAAGCCCAUCAUUGUCUCUUGGGCAAAAGAUCAAGGCGUGUGUCUUGGGCAAGUUUUGCUCUGGCAAGACCACAUGCCUGAAAAGAAUCGGUCAUGAGCUCAGCAUAUGUAUCCUAUCAGCAGACAAGCUAGUAGAAGAGGCCUUGACCGCUUACCAAAACGGAGAGGUCACAGAAGAAAUGGAAGACACAGAGAAUAAUAUAUCCCCCAGAGAGCUGGCACACGGUGAACAGGAAACAUCGGGCACAAAGUUGUCAGCCCGAGCGUUACUCGGAAAAGUUGCUGCAACAGUGCUGAGCGAAGGCAAAGUCAUACCUGAUGAGUUGUUGGUGGACAUUGUGGCGGAGGCUGUAAGUCUGAUUCCACCUGAAUCAGGAUGGAUCCUGGAUGGGUUUCCUGUCAAUGUUGACCAGGCAUAUCUGCUAGAGACUGCACUUUCCUCUCUGGACACCAAGAACGAAAGUGUGGGCAGAAAGAUAGACCUUGUCCUUGAUCCGAAUCCGCCGACUCCCCCACCCCCGCCACCAGCACUAGACUUGGCUGUGUUGUUAAAUAUUCCUGAUCACUGUGUUGCCAAGCGGGCCAUCCAUCGUACUGGUAGACCUGUUGACAGUAUUGCAGAGAAAAAACUGUAUGUGGCACAGAUUCCACACAGGAUCAAAGCAUUUCAAGACAACUGGCCCAGAUUGAAGGAAUGGUAUGGAAACGGUGGGAGGAAAAGCAUUUUGAUGCAGGUAAAUGCAGAUGUACCAAAGGAGGAGCUUUACAAGAACAUGAAAAAUAUCCUGCAGAAGACCAUAGUGCAAAAACAAGAAGCAUCUACAGUUGUGUUGGAGACCACACCGGAGGCCCCCCGUCCUGUGACACCUGUGCAGAUAGACCAAGAACCAACAGUCACAACUGAAGAGGUCAAAGAUGAAGAAUCAGAUUUAAGUCUAACUGAGGACAGAGAUAAAUCCCAGCCAAGUUCCCCAACAGAUCGAGCAGGUAAGUCGCCAGCUGACUCAUUACCUGAUGAGGAGUCGCAAGAAGCCCCUCCCGCUUCUUCCUCACCUGGCCCAGGUUCUUCUGGUUGGGUCUACGUGGAUGAGCCAGUGUCCUCGGAAAAGUCUGAAUAUCUGUUUCAACAAUGGGAGACAAUUUGUGAGUCCUAUGUGAGCAGUGUAAGGGCUGUGAUGCAAGAGCUACGCCUAGAACGCACUGUUAUUGACCAUCACUUAUAUGACGUCAGAGAGGAAUUCAGGCAAUACCUGGAGCGACCAGACCUGAAGCAGGAAUUAGUCUCUCAGUGGCAGAAGGACUACAACAGCAUCCCAGACGAUCUGAGACACAAUGAGGAGACCAAAGCCGAGCUAAAUCACCGCCUUGAUGACCUGCGAGAGCAUUUGUGGGACAUUGUUGACACGCACAAGGAGGACGAUGAGACACAAAGGGCUGUGCUCAUACGGGAGAAAUGGUUGGAGGAUCACACUAUUGUCCUUGUUAACCAUCAUUUAAGACUCAUACAGGUGGAAAUGACCCGCUUUCAGAGCACUCGUAAUGUUCUGAGAGAUUACUACCUGAGCGCUGGUCAACUAGACAUUGUGGACCCUAUCACCUUCCUGGAAAUGUCAGAUGCAGGAUUUUUAAGGACGCCCUGUGAGACCCUGAUUGCCAAACACGACGAGGUCCUCACAAUCAUAUCUAAAAUGGUGUCAGCAGAACCUCAGCAGGUGGACCUGAAGGCAAAAGAGUUGGAAUCAAUACAAGAGAAGGAGAGGGCCAUGGAGAAAGAGAGAGCCCAAGAGAAGGAAAAGGAGAAAGAAAAUAGCAAGACAAACAAAAAGAAUAAAGGGUCCCCAUCUCCUCCGCCUGCACCCAGCCCCACACCAGCUGCUGAGAAUGUUGUGGAGAAGACCCCUGUAGCUGUUAAAAUAGUCAAAAAUAAACUACUCAAAGAAUACACGGCUGCACUCAGACAUGAAGGGAGUGCAGCAAAGACUCGGAUUAAGCUUGUGAAAGGCCACGGCCUGGCAUUAGUGAACUCCCUGCAAAGCAGAGCUGAACAGAUCUUUAGUGACAUGCUGGACUGGUUAGAAGCACAUUAUGUUGCUGAAAUGAAUAGUAUUGCCCAACUAACAGAGGUGGUGCGUCACUACAUAGAGACUGCUGAUCAGCUUGAUAAUGAGUUGGUGCUGGAAAAUAUUUAUUUCUAUUUCAAUGGAGACUCACGACUGGUGCCAAGUCCACCGGCCCCACCAAGUCCUCUCGCAUCAGAGAAAAUAACACCAUCCACGCUGACCAUCCUUCAGCUGGAGUCACUUUACAACUCUUUCUGCAACGAGGCUGCAUCAGGCUUCAUUUCCAAUUCUGAUUUCUUCCGUCUGAUGAAUGACAUUGUCCCUUUUAAUGCCCUGCCCGAACCCUGGAUGACCAUGACUGACACACAGCUGAACGAAAUGAUCUCUCGGCUCUUGGAUGACUAUAAGCAGAUUGACUGGCGCCAGUUCCUGCUCAGUGCUGCUCUGCCUUGGCCGUUUCCUUCCCUAACGGCCCUGCUGAGUGCGCGCCAGCGUUUCCAGGAAGCAGACGCUGAAGGCUCAGGCUACAUAAGCGAGGAGCAAUAUCUGCAGACAGAGUUGUGGUUUCCCAGGGAGGACUCAUCUGAAAUGUCACAGUUUGAUCGUCAGGAAAAAAUACGCAAGUUAUUCUUCCAGGUGUUUGCAGACCACUCUGACCCACCGUCUCGUCUGUACUACAUGUCCAUGCUACUGUACUUCACCCCUGAUCCAGAUCCCAAACAAGGCUUCAUCAGAGCGCUGAGUGUAAUGACGGGACAUCAUCUCAAGUACCCUUCCUCUGAGCCUCUUGUCACAUCUGAGACCAGCCCAGAAGAGGCCAUGGUGCUCAGCUCCUCAGAGCCUGAAGAAGAGGACAAGAAGGUCAAGGAGGAAGAAGAAGAAGAAGUGGUGGAAGAAGAAGAAGUGGUGGUGGAAGAAGAAGAAGAGGACGAUGAAGAGGACGGAGAAGAAGACGAUGAAGAGUGUGCGUCAGUCAACAGUUUGGAGGAGCAGCAAAUCUCCAUCCCUGCUCUCCUUUCUGUCUUGUGCCCUGAAUUGAGCAGGAUUAAAGGUGGCACCCCCCUUCCUCAACACAGCUUGAGCCAGGAGGAGAACAAUGAGCAUCUGGUGCAGAUAUUCACAGAUCUGGGCUACAAUCCAGGAGAUAGUGUCCCUUUUUCGGUACUCUCGAAGUAUUCUAUAUUUCGGAACCUGAUCGACAGCAGAAACAACUACCUGUUCAUCGGCUUCCUUUCAUCGCCUUCUGUCCUUAACAGUCCUUCGUCCAUCACAAUCCACUCCUCUGUGUCUUCAGUACCACUUUGCAGCUCCCAGCUGUCCAACUCCAAGGACCUAUGGGGUCGCGUGAAGAAUAUUAUCCACCAAAUGGCAUUGCUAGCGGGGAAAAAAUGGAACCUUUAUAUCGCUAUGAUUUUGCCUUUUUUAAACAAUUCUGUUUGUCUAGUUUGAUUCAAGAAG